GUUACAGGUUGUUUUUGGUAACGUAAUCCCGCCCUUUACCUAAUCCGAUUGGAAACGACACAAGCUUUUUUGAUUGGACAGUAUGGUCUGCCAAAAUGACGACUGAUAGGUCACAGGCAGGGUCAAUGCUAUGGCGGCGUCAAUGAGUGGAAUGUGAAUGACAUGGGUUUUCAUGUUAAUUUUAAUAAAAACUUGAAAGCAGCCAACGAAUAAAAAAAAUAUACAGUGUUCAAAUUGGAUGCAUUAAUAAGAAACAAUAGUUUUUUUUUUUUUUUUUUUUUAAAUUAGGGAUGCAGAAUUAAUUAUGAUAUUGUAAUGUGCCGGUACACUACAGUACAUUUGUAUUAUUAAUACCGGCACUUGUACAUUGCUUGUUAGAAGAAAGACGCUCUGUUUCUUUUCCAAAGAUUUUGCUAACCACUUUCAAGUAAAUAUUGAAAAAUAUGUUGCGGAAUGUGCUACGUUUGUAUAAUUCGCUUCCAGUGGGCUGCUGUCCAUUGAUCACAAGCCAGACACAAACCAGACGACUUUUGGAAUGCAGACGGACAUAUUCAUCAGCAACGUCAGAAAGAAAGAAAUUUUAUCAGGAUGUCAGUAUUUCACAAGGAGAAGGCGGAGUGUUUGAGAUCAAUCUGGACCGCAGGAAGUUGAAAACUCCGGGUGGGAAGUUAUUCACCGUCCCCAAUGAGGCUUUGGCUACGGCUGUAGCCACUGAGUGGGAUGUGCAAAGAGAUACUCUCAAGUUCUACGCAAUGCACAUGACCACCUUGUGUAACACAGCUCUUGAUAACCCGACACAGAGGAACAAGGAUCAGAUGAUCGAAGCUUCACUCAAGUAUCUGGAGACAGACACAAUCUGCUACAGGGUUGAGGAACCUCCAGGUUUGGUGCAGCUUCAGAAAAAUGAAUGGGAUCCUGUUAUGGAUUGGAUAGAAAAAAGAUAUAAUGUGGUGAUAGGCUCCUCUUCAAAUAUAAUGGGACCCACAAUCCCAGAGGAGACUAAAGAUACCUUUCGACAGCACCUGGCCUCCUACAACUUCUGGGCUUUAACAGGUUUGGAGUAUGUGAUCACACAGCUUAAAUCAGUGAUUCUGUCCUUUGGUUUAAUCGACCAGCACCUCACUGUAGAAAAGGCAGUGCAGCUGUCCCGGUUGGAAGAAGAAUUCCAGAUCCACCACUGGGGCAAUGUGGAGUGGGCCCAUGAGUAUGACCUGCAGGAGCUCCGUUCUCGCACUGCGGCUGGGACCCUGUUUGUGCACCUGUCUUCUGAGAGCGCCACUAUGAAACGCAAACUUCUGCAAGACUUGGAGUUCCCCCUGCCCAGAAAACCAACAAUAAAGACCCCCUUAUUAUCUAAACACUCACAUCAUUAAAUGUACAAAACAUGGACCAUCAUUUGCCAUUUGUAUUCUGCCAUUAAAAUCUACUGUACAAUAAA